CAAGCUCGACAAUUACAAAAAAAACUAAGCUAAUAUAUAUUAAAAAUGAAUGGUGAAAGACCAAUGCCACCGUUAGUUAAAAUAGAGAGACAUGACUUAGAUGAGCAUUUCGGAAUUAUUGGUCACAACCAAAGAGCAGUAAGCGCUGAGGAAGAAAUUUUGGAAAAUAAUAUUUUAAAGGAAUUUCUAGUAGUGGAGAACGAGGAAAUUAUUGUUAAGAAUGAAUUAGAUUUAGAAGCAGACGAACAGCCACCCCCAAAACUAAGGAAACUUAAUAUUGACAAUAGCCAAGAAACCAGUGAGCUUGUGGAAAAAGUGGAAAAUCUCAACAGGGAAAUCCAUGGAAUGAGAGCAGAAAUGUCUAUACUAAUCGACAUGGUGGCAACUCAAACAACUUAUAUACAACAACUUUUGGCAAAAACUCAAGCAAUGAACGACGCUGAAGUGGAAACUUUUCCCAUUAGAAAUGAAGCCCAUCUAAUGGAGGUUAACUUAAAAAUCAGCCUAGAUAAUAGACAAGAUUUCAUCACUAAAAUUAAAGGCUUACUAAUUCAAGCACCAAUAUCGAGAUCACUAAAAAAAGUAAUGGCAGAAGACAUUAUAUUGGCUUACAAUAUGGAUGGCGUGAGCAAUAAAAAGAGUUUACGAACCUACGCUAACUUUGUCUCUGUACUGUUAGAGGCCAUUCAAAUAACAGAUGAAACCCAACCAGCGGAAAAAAUUCUUAGAAACGCAAUGGCUUGUGUAAAAAAUAGUGCAAAUAAAUCUAAAAUGAGAAAAAGUAGAGCAGAAUCCGCAAAUCUAGAAUUUGAACAUUUAUAAUCAUAAAUCCAUCUAUGUAGACUAUAUAUAUUAUUUAUUAGUACAAUAUUUUCUUAGUAAUAAGAAACUUUAAUUAAUAAUAAUGUAAAUAAGAUUUCAAUGUCAUUGAAACAUCGAGUCAGAGCAGGGGUCAUUAGUUAGAUAAUAUACUACGUUCUACAAAGUAAGCUGUAAAUGUUCCUGUUUCAGGACCUUUUUUAAAAGGGAAUCGAUAGAGAACUGAGCUUUUCGAAAGCCAUCGGAAAACGCAACUCGCCAUCUAUAGUAGAAAUAUGUUAAAAUCGCUUCCGACCAGACCCAAACGAAUUUCUAAAUUCGCAAACUAGUAAGAGAAAUUGUUUAAGUUUGAGCGUUUAAUGUGACUAAUUAUAUUACAUAUUGGACGAUCAAAUA